ACUAAGCUCCAGCCGUCCCUCCCGUCCACCUCCCUUAACCCCCCCUCCCAUCCCUUUUGUCCCCACCCCCUUCCAAGCCCUAGUAGCUGGUUACUGGAGGGGGGGGGGGGGUAGGCGGCGUUCUGCUUCCCGCCCGCCCGCGCUAAGCCCUAGUGCUUCUCUCUCCAGUUCGUUAGGUCGAUCAACCGGCGUCGAUUUAGAGAAAAGAACGGAAGCCAGCCGCUUCCCCUGGCUGCGCAUCAGCUCCGGACUGCUGAUUAAUUAAACAUUCUACAUUGGCACUUGACAUUUUUCACAAAGACUGAAUAUGCCAACAGUUGAGAGUGAAGCAAAGGCAAAAACCAAAGUCCGUUUUGAAGAACUCUUUAGGAGUCAUGCUGAUUUAGUAACUGAUAAAAAGAAACCCAAGAAGAAGGUAAUUGAUUCUGAAGAAAACAUUUUGCUUGACACCUUUCGGAGUAAUCAUGAUCUUACCAAAGAAACUAGAAGUGAUGGAGCAAUUACCAGAAGCAUUUGUAAUACAGAGAAGAGCCCACGAUUUACUAAAAGCAAACCAAGGGACAGAGGGUCAAUAGCUUCAAAAAUAAGCAAUGAUGAUUUUACUGUAGAAGAAAACCAGCAAGUAAAGCCAAAUAAAAAGAAAAAGAAAUCAGUGUUACAAGAACAGUCUAACAAAGGAGAAAAUACAGAGGAAGUAGAACCAGAGAGUUUUGAAAGGAAGAUUAAUAAUGCUGCAAGAAAAACAAAAAAUAAAUCACCAUCAGGUGUUUCUCGUCAAAAGAGUGAAAAGAUAAAAAGUGCCCCAAAUGAAGUGAAAGACACAACUGAAUUAGAUGAAGAAGAACAGCUAAUACAAGCAUAUGAACUCCAAGUAGCUGAGGAAGCGGCCAAUGCAAUUAGAAAGAAAAUAAGAAUGAAACUUAAGGAACAGAUGUCUCAUUUAAUCUCUGAUAAUCAAAGCCAUGAAGAAAUAUUGAACAAUGAAGUGGGAAAAAGUAAGAAAAAGAAAAACAUUCCAGUUAUACUUGAAACAGAAACAAGUGUGGCAACUCUCUCUGAGCUCCAGCAGCAUGUAGGUGAAGAAAACAUCAAAAAGAAGAAAUCAUCAGAUGAUGUGCUAACUUCAGAUUUUAAUCAGAGGAAUGAAAUAAAGGCAGAAGAUCAAACUGUUGAGGAAAAUGUGGAACGGCCAAAAGCUAAAACAAGAAAGACAAAAAAGAAAACUAAAGCAGUUUCUGAAGAUAUUGAAGAAAGUGGUAUUGAUACUGUCCAAGAAGUAACAAGCCCGGAAAUUUCAAGUCAGCCCAACAGUGGGUUUGAUGAUACCCUCGUUUUGGGAGUUUAUGUCCAUCGAACUGAUCGACUUAGAACAGAUUUUAUGAUUUCUCACCCCAUGGUAAAAAUCCAUGUAAUUGAUCAGAAUACUGGUCUGUAUGUCAAGAAAGAACAUAGCAACCGAGCUGUUUCAUCUUUUUAUGAACAAGAGAAGGUAGAGAAUGUCCUUCCUAUUAUGACCCAGCCUUAUGAUUUCAAACAUUUUAAGUCGAGACUUCCAGAGUGGGAAGAACAAAUUGUAUUUAAUGAAAGAUUUAGUUAUUUCCUCCAAGAAUCUGAAGAAAGCCCAAGAGUAAUUCUGUUUUUUGAGAUUCUUGAUUUUUUAAGCAUGGAUGAAGCCAAGGCCAACUCUGAGGUUCAAGUCCAGGAAAGCGGUUUUCGUAAAAUUGCAUGGGCAUUUCUCAAGCUUGUAGGAGCCAAUGGUGUUUUGAAUAUCAAUGGGAAACUCCGUCUUCAACUUUACUCUCCACCUCCUAGGAUGAGACCACAAUUAAAUGUUGUGGAGGUUUUUGAAUGGUGGUCAAAAUGUCCAAGGAUCCGUUAUCCAUCAACAUUAUAUGUAACCAUAAAAGGUCUGAAACUCCCAGAUCAUGUAGAUCCUUCUUUUCGUUCUAUGAUGGCUCUUCAGCAGGAGCAAGGUAGUACGUCCUACUGUGAACUUCAGAAGGAGACAAGUAAAAGAGGUAAUGAACCAGUUUCAGAAGACCAAAAGGAAAUAAUAAAGUGGUCAAGGUUGCCCGGGCAGGUUUGCCGUAUUCCAAACAAGCACCUGUUUUCACUACAUGCAGGAGAAAAAGGAUGUUUCUGUAUUAAUUUCUCCCAGAAUGGAAGAAUGUUAGCAGCAGCGUGUGCAGGCCAUGAUGGCUAUCCCGUUAUUUUAUAUGAAAUCCCUUCAGGACGUUACUUGAGAGAAUUUUGUGGUCACCUCAAUAUUGUUUAUGAUCUUUGCUGGUCAAAAGAUGAUCAACAUCUCCUUACUGCAUCCUCUGAUAGUACUGUCAGAAUGUGGAAAAUUGAAAGCCAAGGCACAGCAGCUGUGAAAGUUUUCCCUCAUCCUUCAUUUGUCUAUACGGCCAAAUUCCACCCAGUUGCAGGAUACCUGGUAGUUACGGGGUGUUAUGAUUCUAUGAUAAGAGUGUGGAAUGUUAAAGUGAAAGAAGUUCAUGGUCAGUUAUUACAAGAAUUUGAUGGCCACAAAAGUUUUAUCAACUCUCUCUGCUUCGAUGCUGAAGGACUUCAUAUGUACUCAGGAGACAGUUCAGGAUUGAUUAUUGUUUGGAAUACCUUGGUCAGAGAAAAUGAACAACAUCCAGUUCGACUUUGGAACAUAAAUAAGGAAAUUAGAGAAAAUGAUAUUAAGGGGAUUCCAAUAAGCUAUUUAGAAGUUCAUCCAAAUGGAAGGCGUUUGUUAAUCCAUGCCAAAGAUAGUACUCUGAGAAUUAUGGAUCUCCGGAUAUUAGCAACACGGAAGUAUGUAGGUGCUGCAAAUUAUAGGGAGAAGAUUCAUAGUACUUUAACACCAUGUGGGACUUUUCUCUUUUCUGGAAGUGAGGAUGGUAUAGCAUAUGUUUGGAACCCUGAAACAGGAGACCAAGUCGCAAUGUAUUCUGACCUUUCGUUCACAUCACCUCUUCGAGAUGUUGCUUUUCAUCCAUAUGAACAUAUGGUGGCAUUUUGUGCAUUUGGUCAAAAUGAACCAAUACUGAUCUAUAUUUAUGAUUACAAAGUUGCACAGCAGGAGGCUGAAAUGGUCAAAGAUUUCAAUGGAUCACUCACAUCAACUGGAGCACAUAGAAAUCCAAUGAUUUUUAGCAGUUCCUCAGCAAUGCAAGAUACAAUGGCAUCUGCCACUGAUCAAUUCAUCAGUGCUACUAGAGUGUCUAUGAGAAUGCAGAAAGUGAAACAGAAACUUGAAUCUGUUACGGCCAGCUCAAAUCUCUUGCUUCCUGCUCCAUCAUUGUUCUCACCACACUCCAAGUUCAGACUGUCAAACACCAUGGGCACUCAUCUGAUUCCUCAGCAUCCUUUUAUUACUCAGAGUGGAGGUUUCAGCCCAGUAGGAAAACCUACACGAAUACCAUCAAGCACACUGCAAAUGAGUGAUGAGUCUACACAAUCAUUGCCUAAAAGGAUGGGAACAGAUAAUUCAUUGCCAGGUCCAGAGACAGUAGUGGCUCUUUAUGACUACACAGCGCAUCGAUCAGAUGAGCUAACCAUCCAUCGAAGUGACAUUAUCCAAGUGUUGUACAAAGAUAAUGAUAACUGGUGGUUUGGCAGCCUCACAAAUGGACAACAAGGUUAUUUUCCAGCUAAUUAUGUGGCUGGCGAAAAACAGUAUGAAGUCCAGUCAUCAGAGAUAGUACAAGAGUCUUCUUCCUAUUUUUCUACUAAACAAAAUGGAGAAGAAAAGAGAUCUCCAAUUCCACAAGAGAUGUCAAAGGUUCUCAGCAAGUCCCAGGAUCUUAAAUCGUCUGACACACAUUUAGAUUCACCUGCAAUACAAGAAGUCAAAAAGAAGAAGAAAAGACUUCAGAAGAAUGAGAUGACAGGAUCGAAAGUAAAUGAAAUGGCUCUUGGUCCUUCAGAAAUUCCAGAUGUAAAUACUCAGGUAGAAAGUGAAUCUGGACUUAUUCUUAGAGCAGAAGCGAAGAAAAGCCCCAAAAGAACUCUAAUCCCUUCAAAGAUGGCCAAGGAAAUUAAUGGGGCCUUGGAAUCUUGACACUCUGAAGCCUGUGUGAUAACGGUAGCCCAACUCUUGGUACUUGUUAGCGAUUACAGAAGGAUUGCUCCUGUUGGCGAAUCAAUAAAGAAUAAUAUCACUGCUGCUCACCAGACAGAGGGAAAAAACACAAUUUAUAUUGAUGUGAUAAACAUUAUUUAACAAUUCUAUAGAUUUGCACACAGGUGAUAGGCCAGUUUAUAAGAUUCACCAAAGACUGUGAUGAAUCCACUUUGAAAUUUAACUGUUGGUUUGUGUUUUUUUCAUAAAUACAUACUAUUAUUAUAGAAUUCUAUAUUUGGAAUUCCUAAGGAAUUAUCACAUUUUAAAGCAAGAAAACUAUUGAAAGGAAAUGUGCACUUUUGAGUAUUACCUUUUUAUAUUUGUUUUAAAUGAAAAUAUGUUUACUUUGUAAACACAGACUAAAAAUUGUAACAUCCAUUUGUUUUGGCUGGCCUUGCAGUAAUGUUCUAGACUCGUUCAGUUGUUGAAAAUAUUUCAUAUUCAAGUGUAUGAAGGCUAUAUAGACAUAUGUUGAGUGAUAUUAAUUUAAUCUCAAUAUUUGUUUUAAUUAUUUUAUUGCAUUAUUACUUAUAAGAAUAAUGGUUUCAGUAAUAUAUCAUUAAAUAUUU